AUGUCAAGUCCAUCUUCCCCGACGGCAGCAUCGUCCACCGUGGCGGAAAAGUCAACGGCAGCCCCACCUCAUACCAAAGUUACAUUCCCCAUAUCACCAGUGCCAAAGAACCCUCUCGGGGAUGGUGCAUAUAUCCGUACUGCCGCUGCUCUUAUUAUUGGGGAUGAGAUUUUGAAUGGCAAAACCCUCGACCGCAAUUCCCACCACUUUGCCCAGUACUGUUUUGAGCAUGGUAUCAAUUUGAAGCGCAUUGAAGUAAUUGCUGACAGUGAAGAGGAAAUCAUCGAGGCUAGCAGAAGACUUGUCGAAAAGUAUGAUUUUGUCAUAACCAGUGGUGGGAUCGGGCCAACGCACGACGAUAUUACUUAUGAAUCCCUUGGAAAGGCGUUUGGACAAAAGCUUGUUCAUCAUGAAGAGACAAUAACACGACUGAAUGAAAUGAGCAAACACCGUUCUUGGGUCGGGACUCAGAAUGCUGAACAAUUAGCUGCUACCCAUCGUAUGGCAUUGUUUCCUGAAAACGCUGAAGUCAUUUUUGUCGCAGAAGAUAUAUGGGUGCCCGUUGUACGUCUUGCAGGCAAACUUUGUAUCUUCCCCGGAAUUCCCGCUUUAUUUCAAAAGAUGUUGCACAAUCUUACUUUCUUCCUUCCUCUUCCUCCGAAGAGCGAAAGGCCUUUACGAAUCCAAAUAUUCACUGAGCGGCCGGAGUCAAUAAUUGCGCCGUAUUUGACUUCACUGCAAGAGCGACUCAAACCACACGGAAUUCAGGUUGGAUCAUACCCAGUGUUGUAUAAGGGUGUCUUUGUGAGCUUAAUUGGUCGCGAUUUCCAACCCAAAGAUGCGGGCAAGGGCACUGCUGAAGGGAACAUGUGCCUAACGGAAAUCGCUCGAGAAGUGGAAGUAGAGAUUGGAGGCAAGAUUGCGAGCGAAGAAGAAAUAGCUGCGCAAAAAAGUCGUUCAGCUUCCCCAGAAAUUCCAGAUAUGGCCGUCCAGAAGAAAGAAAACGUCUCGGCAGGUGUCGAAUCACUGGGGCCAAGCGCAACUGGGUAUGGAGAGAAAGCCAAAUACUGA